CAAUCGCGGGUAAUGUUACAAGAUGACUAGCACGCGCUGACAAUGGACGUCUCAAAUUGUGCAGAAAAUAACAAACAAUGUGUUGCAAAUAUUUUUACAGGACAAUUGCUUUCAAUCACAAGAAAAGUACAACUGUGUAUAGUGUAAAGCAGUAUUGCAAAGCUGUCUACAAUAUGGCAACACAAUGAAUAGUCAUUUUCCAUGUUCUGAUUCGUUUCCAAAUCAACAGGAAACACCGAUCUUUUGAAAAUUCGAUUCUUGUUGGACACAAUCUUGGUAACUCUUAGUUGAAAGAUUAUAAUCAUUGAGAUGGACUCGAGCAUUGUUGGGAGCUCAGUUUGGAAAGGAAAGAUCUUUGUUAAGCAGAGCUACGCAUGUAAAGCAGAAAUACGAACACGGGCACAAGGAUAUCUACUUUCUGAAAGGAAAAUCCAUUUGAAUGUCCACUGGAAGCUGGACUUGCAGCAGACUGAAAAGCGCUACCUGGCAGGCAUAGAAUCGCUAGAUACCACCUCGGAGUCUUGCCAAAACAGCUGGUUCUACAAUGUUGGCAAACUUGUACCGCUGAUAAACCAUGGAGCGUCAUCGUCGGGUCAUGAUGUUGUCAAUUUCAAAAAGCUGGUUGCGUACCUGUCUGCAAAACAGACAGUUGCAGUGAUCACACCACAGAAGGAGGAGAUACUCUUGCUGAUGAACGGUAACCAUGUGACUUCACGCCUCGGACUUCUCGAGUCAUCAUCCCCUUUCCUGCACUGCAUCCUCAUGUCCAGGGAGUCCAAGAAUCGCAACAGAGAUACACUCAAUGCCCUAGACAACAUAUGCCUUUCUGAGCUGUUUAUGGAACCAUCAACCAAUCAGUGGGAGGCCAGUGAACCACGUAGAAGUCUUCUGACCAAUGGGACGGUACAUGAGGCUUUUCAGCAGCAGUACUUGGAGAAGUGUCGGCGGGCGUCUGGUCUCGCGCUUCAGAGCUUGGAGAUAAACUCUCAGACACCAGAUGGUAAGCAAUUCAGAAAGGAUAAACGACAUAAUUCAAUCGAGAGAGGCCACAAACGGACAACAAAGCGACAUAAAUCUGGAGACACGCUUGACCUAUCUAGUACCACUAAUCAUAAUUCUAGACCAACAGGCAAAGUUGCAUAUAAGCACUCUCAAAGCAUAGAUUCAAAUCUUGGAAAAUUAUCUAACUCUAGUAACCAAAGAAAUGAAGGUCCUACUGAUUCUUGGCUAAAAAUAGAUUUUGGUGGGGGGCAACAGUUUGGGAUCCCCAGUGAAACAAGCGACGGUUCUGAACUUGGCCCGUUCAUUGUGCUUGAUUCACUCAAUGAAGAAGUAAGGAGAUCUGAAUCAGACUCUGUUUCUCAUAGCUUUAAGCAUAAGGAAAGAAGAAAUGACUGCUCAAAAGAUAAACAUAACAAAAAGGUCACUUCCGAUAAAAAGAAAAAAAGGGACAGAACAAAAGAAAGCAGACAUAGGGAAAAAGGUGCUUCAAAUGACACAAAUAAAGUAAGAGAAUCUUCCAAAGACAGAACAAAAGAAAUGAGACAAACAGAAAAAGAUGCUUCUUAUAACACAAAUAAUGUGAAAGAAUCUUCCAAUGACAGAACAAAAGAAAGAGAUCAUGCAAAAAAUUGGCCUAAAGAUAAAGGCAAUUCCAGUCACCAAAUAAACGAUAAAGAAAGAAUCUCGUCCAAAGAUAGGGAUAAAGUAAAAGAAAGUUGUGCUUUGAAGGAUCAGCAAAAUUGUAACACUGUCGCAAAUGAUGGCUAUAAAAUAGCUAAAAACGAAUUGUCAAAUGUUAAUGGAAGCAUGCAGAAAGAUGGUGAAAAGGAUGAUGGCCCUGUAAGUCAUCAUUUAAAAAAUGGCAAUAAAGACAAAAACUUUUCAAAAGACAGGCAUAGAGAAAGAGAUAUUUCAAAAGAAAGAUAUAAAGGUAAUGAAAGAGAGGCUUUCCAAGGUAAACUAAAUGUUAACCAAAAUGAAUAUUCCAGAAAUUUAAUAAAGGGAAACACAAGGGAAAAUCAUUCAAAAGAUGGACGAAAAGGAAGUAAAAGAGAUCAUUCAAAAGAUACACAUAUUGUAAAAGAAAGAGAUUCUUCAAAAGGUCGACAUCAAAUAAAUGGGAAAGACAAUUUGCAGCAUGAGCAAAGUGUUAACCACAGGAGUUGCUCAAAAGAUGGACAUAAACUUGAAAAGAAAAGAGAUGUUUCCAGUGACUGGCAUAGAGCUAACCAGUUAAAUGACUUGAUCCAACAAAGAGAUGAACGAAACAAGAAUAAUAACAAAGACAACAACAAAGAGCAAGCAGAAAUGAUGGGCCAAGAUACAGAGAAAGAAAGAAAAUCCAAAAGAGUAGCGAGUGGUGACAGUGUCAACAGCAAAAAAUCUAAUCAGCAUGGAGACCGUGAUAGGCCUAGUAGAAUUCAAUCACCUUCAGAUGUUUUUUCUUCCAUUUUUUCCGAAGUUGGCUGUGAAAACAUUAGAAAUGUUGGUAAAAUCCCCAAGAAAGGAAGCAAAAGAAACGAUGCAUCAAAUCAAACCAAUGCUUCAAAAAAGACUAGAUAUGCUCAUGGUGGUUACACCAGAGAUCAUUCAAAAUCAGGUCACAAGAAGGAGACAAAUGUGGUGGAACCAAGGUCAAAGAAGAAAAAACACAGUUCAGGCUCCCCUGAUAAGAAUUUUUUGACACCAAGUGACUGCAUGGAGGAUGAUGUAACAAACUAUUCAAGUGAAGAACAUCUUCCCUCAGACCCUGUGUUAUUUGCGGAAAGAUUGGAUGACCAUGAAACAGUUUACCCAUCGACUUCUGAAUCGCUUACAAGCAUUUUUAGCUCUGUGUUGUCAGUGAAAAAAUCCUCUAGGAUACCUGGUAUUUGUGACGAGAGAAGCAAUGACAGCAGUUACAAUAAAACAUCUACUGAGAGUGUCAAUGUUUUGUGCCACAAUAAACCUGUGGACAUUCAAAUCUCUGAGCGAAAGGUUUUAAUAACUGAUGGAGGUCUGUCUGUUGCAGUUUCACAUAAUUCUACUAUUUGCAAAACAUCUGAAUAUGUUUGCAAUGUGUUGGAAGCAGUUUUAUAUGGUCUCGACCUCAAUUGUGAUUUGAAGAAAAAUGAGUAUGACCUGUAUAAAGUCUGUUUGACCCUCCAUGAUAGUGCCUCGAUAGAUCUUGAACGCUGUGUGAGACAGGACAAGGAAAGAUUGAUAAUAACUCGGAAAGUUGCGAACCAAAAUGUCAAACCAGAACUAGUUGAUAACUUUCAGUUUGAAGCCCCAACAUCUGAAAGUGUGGCUGACUCUGACGUAAGAUUGGUUCUAUCCUCUACGACUGAGGUCUCGGGAGAAGGUAAUAUUAAAAAUGAAAAAUAUGCAAAACGGCCUGAAAGUAUCGAAAAGAUUGAAGAUUUAAGGCUGAAAGCUGGUCAUGAGGAACUAGCAGUUGCGAACUGUAAGGGUGAAGCAGAGAGCAAACUAAAAAAAUGUAGACAUAAUGCAAAUAUGCUUGAAAAAGCAACAGAUCUUGAAGUUUUGAGAUCGGAAGCUAUGCAUGAAGAUUCUUCAGUAUGGAGGCAAAUGUGUGAAGCUAAAGACCAACUCACUAGAAAUGAUACAAAGCUGCCUGAAAUAAAUAAAAGAAUUGAAGCUUUGAGACAGAAUGCUAUGUACGAGGAACCUGCAGUUACGGAGCAAAAGGGUGGAUCUGACAAUGAACUCCAAAGAAAUGUUGCAAAACUGCUUGAAAGUAACACACAACUUGAAGCUUUGAGCCCAGAUGCUGUGCAUGAGGAAUCUGCAGUUACAAAGCAAAAUAGUGAAGCUACAGAUGGACCCAGAAAGCAUGUUACAAAACUUCCUGAAAGUAACAAAACACUUGUUGCUUUGAACAGGGAAGCUACCUAUGAGAACUUACAGCAAAAUGUUCUUGACAAACACAUUGAACAUUGUGAUGGUAGGAAAGUCAAAAGUGAUGUUGUGUUGGCGCUUCCACCACCUACAAAUUACCUAUCUGAUGAUGAAUCACAGGAUGUGCACUGGGAAUCGAGGGAAUUGUUAAAAGACAGACAUGAAUCUGGUGAGGUCAUAGAGAUUGGCAAUGAAUUGGUAGAAUUUACUACACAGUCUGUCAAACUUGCUGAUGUAGAAAAAGCUGCUGGGCUUAGGGGUAAAUCCAUUAUAAGGGAAAACUAUUCUAAGGACAUACACACUGUUGCUGAGCUUGGAAUCAGAGCUUCAAAGAAUUCCAAUGGUCUUUUGCCAUUUAAUACAGAGUAUCAAGAAAUAAAUUUGCCUGAAACAAAGAUCAAAAUGUCUGAAGAAACAGAUAUUUUGAAAGAAAUUCAGAAGAAGUCCGUGAAAAUGAUUGAUGAGAAAGGGGAUAGGUUUGAAACGGAUAAAAGGGUCGCAAGAGUAGAUGGGAACUUAAAUACAUGUAAUGCAGCAGAAGAAAGCAAAGGAGUGAUUGGGUCCAACUUGGUUACUAUAACUUUUAAUGCUGAUCAACUAUUGAACAAGUGCACUUCAACACUUCAAAGUAGUGAAGGUGAAAAGGUUGGACAUAUGGUAAGAGGUGAUUUAAGUCCACAAAAGAACAGGGCAAUACUAUCACUGGAAAAAAACAUAGGUAAAGGGAUUCAAAAUGCAAAAAAUAAGCAACUAAGCCCAAUAAAAAGUUUUGAUAUAUCAGAGAAAGUUAUUACCAGAGAACGAAGGUCCUCGGCUUCAAUUGUGGGGAGAAACUUUUUGAAAGAGAUCAACAUCCAGUUAGCUAGUGCGAUUACAGAGCCAAAGCAGGUAUCACUCCACACUGACCGGUCAAGUCGCCCAGAGAAAAGACAGGAGAGGCAGUUCCACCCCUAUAAGAAGACAAGCACUAGACAAACUGAGAGGAUUGAUAAGCCCAGCUGGUCAUUUGAUCUGGCCUAUAGGGACAUGAAUGUUCUUCUGCAAAAUCUUACUGAGAACACAUUCAAAAAGGAAAAACGAAAACCCACUGUGUAUGGUACAAGAAAACAAGGCUAUGGUACCAACAGGAGGUUCUAUGGAUACCACUUUCAGCGGUCAGAAAUUCUACGCUCACCGCCGAGUGACAAGCAUUGCAGUUCUGAUGAGGAGGAACCAGUGGUCCCUGCUGCAAUACCAGACUUACUGGAGCGUCAACAGAAGGCUGACAUCCUAGAAGAGUUCCUCCUUGUAGAUAAAGUGAAUGAACAAGACAAUUAUGUCUACGAAACAGAUCCAUAUCAAAAGGACAUGACUGAGGAAACAUCGGAAUGGCUGAAACGAAGUUCUCAAGAAGCAAUUGAUAAGGCCAAGUUAAUGUUGAAAAGCAGUUCACUUUCUCCAAUUCCUACAAAGUCGGUCACAACUGGAAAGUGUCCACAUUCAACAAGACCUUCUGAUGAAAGUCUAAAACCAGGUGGAAAAACUUCAGCUACAACAAAACCUUCUAGAAGUCCCACACCAGUUAGAAGAACAAAAUCUUCUAGAAGUCCCACACCAGUUGGAAGAACAAAAUCUUCUAGAAGUCCCACACCAGUUAGGAGAACAAAAUCUUCUAGAAGUCCCACACCAGUUGGAAGAACAAAAUCUUCUAGAAGUCCAACACCAGUUAGUAGAACAAAAUCUUCUAGAAGUCCCACACCAGUUAGUAGAACAAAAUCUUCUAGAAGCACCACACCAGUAACUAUAUCAGUAACUAUAAGUCCACUAACAUCAAGGAAAACAUCAACAGAACCUUCUAAAAGUCCCACAUCAGCUAGAAAAACUUCAAAGCAAUCUUCUAGAAGUCGUACACAAGCUAAGAAACCUUCAUCAAAAUAUUCUAGAAGUCCCACACCAGGUAUUAAAACUUCAAGAAGUCCCACACCAAUUAGAAAAACUUCAACAAGAUUGUCCAGAAGUCCAACUCAUUCAAGAAAACCCCCAAGACUUUCAAAAAGUCCGACAAUAUGUCCAAGUAGUCCAUCCUCUGCUAGAAAAACACCGGUCACUCAAAAUCUAACCUUAAUGUCAGGAAGUCCACUACAUUCUAUGCAAAUGUGUGAGACUCCCGUUAGCACUCAGCCAUCUUCAAAUAAGCCUGAGCAUUCAAACAAUGCAUUGCUUGUAGCAGACAACAGCUGUCUUCCAAAUCGGACAAUUCAGCAAGAAAAAGGUUUGAAAGAUUAUUUCACAGUUGGAAAUGAUUAUAUGAUAAAUGUUGACAGUGGCAAAACUAAACAGCUCAGUAAAGCUUCUGAAACUGUGGCAAAGAGUGACACACAAUUUUUUGUUGAAACUAAACAGUGUGAAAGUCUCAAAAUGGAAGGUCGUAUUGAACUCCACAGUACCAUGCCUAGUAGAGAAAUUGAUGAACAAAAAUCAAAAAAUGCAAUAACUAAAAAAUUUGGUAAUGAUGGUUUUGAACAUGAGGAUGAAAGUGAAUUGAAUUUGUCAUCAGAUUUCCUUGUCCUUGAUGACAUUGGUCAAGAAAGGGAUGAAGAAAUAAAUAUUCAAACAAUGAAUCCUGAAACAAUAGAGGAAAAAGAUGUUUGCCAAAUUAUGGAUGCAAAUGAACAUACUUUAAAAAAUACUGAAUUACACAAAGGUGAUUGUGAUGGUGAUGCGAUAAAUGAUGCUUCUUCAAAUUGGGAGGAGCCUAAAAAAGAAAUGGAAAAAGAUCAAGAGGUUUGCCAAAUUAUGGAUACAUAUGAACAUACUUUAAAAAAUACUGAAUUACACAAAGGUGAUUGUGAUGGUUUUGCGAUAAAUGAUGCUUCUUCAAAUUUGGAGGAGCCUGAAAAAGAAAUGAUAAUACGCAAAGUUAUGGAUAAAGACUGUUUACCUGAAUCAGAUUAUGCAGAUCUGAUUGAAAAGCUACACGAAGGUGAACUUUCAAUAGAAAAUCCAUCAGAUAUUUUAUUGAGUGAGAAUGACAUAGAAUUGGUGGAAAAUACUGAUGAAAACAAUAAUAGUAGCUUAAUAGAAUUGGAUUCCGAGUUAGAUGAAGAAGAAAUUAAAGAUAUCUUUUUAGAAACCUCCAAUAUUGAGAACCAUGAAUCACUAAAAGUUCCAAUGUUAGUAGAAUCUGAGGCUGUGCAGUGUGGACAGAGUAAGAAAAAGCAAAAGAUUGAUGAUGCAAAUGAAGGUUUGAACAAUUAUGAGAAGCAUGAAGAAAAUAAAAGUAAACAGUGGGUGGAAAUGAUAAAUAGCUAUAGUGAUUCUGAAAAAAUGCAAAAGAAAGAGGUGUCAGAUUGUUUACUGCAAGAUACAGAUAUAAAUAUUUUUGAGGAGGCUGAACCUGCAUUUUCAAGUGAAAACAAUGACAGCAUCUUGCUUGUAGAAGUGAAGAAACAGGGCGAUUCUAUGGCAACUGAUUCUGCAAUUGUUAAUGCUAAUAUAUCUGACGUUAUGCCAAAUGAAACUGAUUCCAAAGCUAGAUUUGAGCAGAAAUUUGACCAAACUGUGGGGAAUUUUGAGCCCAAUCAUGCAUGCAAACAACAAGAAAAGAGCAUAGCUGUACCCUCAUCUACUAGUGCAGAAGCUAUGUCUAGUGAAGAUAAGCAUGUCCAAAAGAGGGUAUAUGCUGAUGACUAUCUUUUUGAAGGCAGCAAUAUUUCAGUUAUAGAGGACUGUGCUAAAUUGAUUGGUCCCAAUAACUAUCUGGAAAAAGAGACAUACAUUUUGAAUAUGUGCAAAUUCAUGAAAGUGACCAAAGAUUGCAAGGUUUCAAAUAAUGUUCAGCAAUUGUCAGAAAAUAAAGCUGAUCUAAAAAAUGGUAUCAAAGAAGAUACAACUGUUGGGGUUGAAAAGAGUUACUUAAAUGCAGAAAAUUAUGCUCUUCAGUGCAUUAGUGAGAAUUUGGAUACUAAAUAUGAUUGUUCAAUGCACACACAUUUAAGUUCAAACCCAACCUAUGAACAGGUUUGUGAGACAAGUUUUCAACUAAAGUAUAGCAAUUUAGAGAAAGAAUUGAAACAAGAGGUUAACUUUGUUAUGCAGACAAAUUGUCAACAAUUUGAAUCAGAGAUCGUUGAUCUGAAAAAGAAGGAUACAGAUAUUGGGACUGGAAACAGAACAAUGGAUUUCGAUGAUCUUGGACAACAGAACACAGAAGAAUCAAGUUUAACCGAUAAAGAAAGUGGUUUUUGUGAUAAUAUAGAAUCAGAACCAACAAAUGUAGUGAUUGGAAAAAACAUGUAUUUAGGUACAAAGUGCAGUGUUUCUUUUGAAUCUAGUAAAAAGGAAGACCUGAAACCAAGUCUGUGUGAUUCUGAGCCGCAAAAAACAAAUGGUACAGUAGAGUCGAGUAGAAUAGAAAUUUCAGGCUUAAAACAGAUUGGCAUAUCCUAUUGUAGUAGCAGUGACAGUUCAAGGGAAAACUCUUGUUCCACAUGGAAAACCAGUCAUUGUGAACCAGGAGACAUGACCACUAGUGAAGCUGUAAUUGAUACAGUCAAAAGUGUCGUAAAUGAAGUAUGCAGAAAGUUGAAAAAGCUUCAGGAAAGUAACUUCAGUGGAUAUGAGAUGACACCAGAUACAAUUGCCAUGUUUGAACAAGAUGUGUCAAGGAGUUCUAGGAGUGAAAACACGCAGAAACCUUUAGUAUUUCCUGAUGAAAACACAGAGGCUGCGAGAGAAUACCCAUUAAAUGAUGAUGCAAAUUUGAAAUUCAAUGAUAUUGUAAUGCAGAAUGGAGAUGAUCGUGAAAAUGAUGAUUGUGACAGUAGCUCAAAUGUUGUUAUUGCUGAUUAUAGCCAACACAGUGAGGAUGACAGUUCUUCCGGAUUUAAAUAUGUGUUUUUGAAUGCUUUUGAGGACAAGAAAAGGCAACCUCUAAUUGAAGAGUUUUUAAUUGACAUUGAACAGUCAUCUUUGCACCAUCAAGAACUUGAAGCUGAGGUUUCGGAUAAGCUUCAGGAUUCACUAGACUUUGAUCUGAGAGAUAAUAACUCUGAAGUGUUGAAGUCAUUUGAAGAAAAAUUGAAAAAGUUGACAGCUAAAUCUGCAGCAGAACUCACUGUUUCACAACCGUGUCAAAUUGCUGACAAACAUGGACUUGAAGAACUUAUUUUAGAGCAAAUUUAUACUGAAACACUUUCAGAAACAAAAGUUUUAUUCAAAGCCAUCGCUGCUAAGACAGAUGAACUAGGAUCAGUUGAAACUCACACAUUUAAAGUGGAAAGCAUAGACCAAGUAACAUUACAAGUUGCAGAAACGGUCAAUGCAAUGGUAAAUACAAUUAAUAAAACUUUUGAACAAUUUGGGACUGAUUUCAAAGAAGUUAAAUUAUCAGAUCAGGGUGACAUUGCUACAGAACACCUGGUAGCUAGCAUGCAUCAUGAAAUAAUUUCUGAAGCAAACAGUGACUUAUCAGCAUUAGCUUUUUCUGAAGCAAAAACACCUCUUGAAAGGUAUGCGGUUGAAGUGAUAAAUCCUGAAAAUACUCUAGAACAGAGUAUGUCAGUGCAAGAGGAGACAGUACAUAAGAAAAUUUCAUGUAAGACAAAAAAGGCUAAAGCUUGUGAUCAAGUCAUAUCAGAGACAAAAUCCGACCCUGCUGUGGCAGAUUUAUCGAAGUUGUUAAAUGACCUUGAAGAGCGUAAAAAACAGCUUAUUCUUGAGGAAUUUCUUAAAGACAUUGAAAGGACAUCUGCUAGGCAUCAAGCCAUGGAAUCAGAGGUAUUUAAUAAGCAUGUUGGACUUGAUGAAGUAAUAAAAGAAGGCAGUGGCUUUGUUUCUAUGAUGAAAAAAUUAUGUGCAGAUGAUAACCCAUCCUCUUCAAUAGCCAUGGGCGCAAAAGCAUGUCUACAGAGGAUGGUUGAUUCAGAUUCAAAACAAGCCAGUAAUAUUAAAGUAUUAACUGAAGAAGAUCCUACACAACUUCUAACAAGUGAACUUGGGAUUUUACCUGAUGCAUAUUGCAGUCAGAUUCCACCACUGAAUCAUAGUCAAAAUCAAAGUCCUAUAAAUUUUUUAAGUUCACAACGAAAGUCAAUAUUGACUGCUUAUACUGGUGCAACAAUUGUUCAAUCUGGACAAAUGUCUAUUUCUACUAAAGGUUAUAAAGAGAAAUCAACACCAGAAACUGAAAAUCAACUCAAGUCCACAAUGGCAGCUGACACCGAAGUAAAGCCACCAAGUACAGCUGAUCCUAAAGUUAAGUUUAUACUUGCAGAUAAUCCUAUAGUGAAGUCAAUAUCAAGAGCAGAUCCUUAUGUGCAGUCACCAAUUGCAACUUAUAAUGGAGUGAAGUCAACAAUUACAGCUGAUCAUGAAGUGCAUGAAGUGGAGUCCACACAAGCAGCUUAUUCUAAUGUGAAGUCCACAUCAAUAGUUGAUUCUAAAGUGCAGUCGACAAUUACAGCUAAUACUGAAUUGAAAACCCUACCAGCCUCUAAUCCUCAACUGGUGUCCACGUCACCAGCUGAUUUUGAAAUGAAGUUCACAUCAACAACUGAUUCUAAAGUGCAGUCUACAGAAACAGCUUCUCCUAGUCAGAAGUCCAUAUUAACAGCUGUCACUGAAGUUGAAUCAACAUGCAUGUCUGAAAGUGGAUCCUCAUUAAUGGCUGAACCUGAAGAAGAAUCAACAACUACAACUGAUCUUGAAUGGAAAUCCUUAUCAAUAAUGGAUGCAGAACUUAAUUUCACAUCAGAAGCUCAAACUGAAAUCAACUCUGUAACAAUAAAGGCCUCUAAUUUCGAGAAGAAGUCCACAUCUAAAACUUAUUCUUCAGAAAAUUUAGAAUCAGCUGUGGAUACUGAUGCAAAUGGUACCUUAUUGACAAAUGCUGUUGAAAACCAAACAUAUGUAGGUAUUUCUGAACUAAACCAAAAUGAAAGCAAACAUGCAAUAUGUACCAAGGUAAAUCAACUUGCAAUGCAAUUAGAAUCAGGUUUGUCUCCAAUAAAGACUCUGACUGUUAGAAAAAGGAAAAAACCUGCUUCUAAAACGCAAAAAAUGUUUGUUGUUCUUGAUCCAGGACUGGACAGUAUAGACGAUGUUGAUACUGUGAGUGGAAUGUGCAAUGACCAUGAUGAUCCUAUCACUUCAGUAAUAGCAGUCAAUGUUGUGUCAGAUGCAAUUAGUGCUGAAGUGUGUCAAUCAGAUAUAAAUGGCAAAGCCAAGUUGACUUCUUCUUAUUCAGUAGAUAUGCAGUCUUCACUCUCAAGACUGCAGUAUGAGGAAAAUCAAAUGGUGGAUAGAGAUGCAUGUAGUUCAGAAAAUCAGUCAAGCUCUAGUUACUCUUCUGGUAUUGAUCCUGUUCAACCUCCAUCAUGUAAUGAACCCCAAAAUAUUUUUGAAAGCAUUGAAACCCAGUCUGCCACUCUAAAUCCUUACAUGGAUUAUGCAUUAGUGUUUCAAGGCAAUGCCCAUAGUUCCAUGUACACUCAAUCCCCAUUUUAUCAACACUAUCCAUAUGGUUGGCCCAGUUCUUCAGCCUUGUUCCAGAGUCCACUUGCCAGUCAUUGGCAUACAUCAUCAGGCUCAGAAUCUAGAGAAUAUUUGUCUCCCAGCUAUAGAAUGCCUUACAGUUCUAUGAGCAAUCCUCCUCAAAAUACCUACAAUGGACAGAGCAUGUACUCACCACAGUUUUUAAAUAGGGUUCUGAACCCAAACCAGAAUGCAGCUGCUUAUUCCCCAAAUAAUUUAAUGUUUCCAUACCCAGAUUGGAUAUUCUCACCAGACUACAUGGCCAUGUUUUCACCCGGGCAAAAUCCUUAUUUCUACUAUGUUUCAGAAGGCAAUGCAAUGUCAGAAACUCAUUUAUGUAUGGAAAAUAUGAACACAUAUCUCAAAACUUCAGACUGGGAACUAAUUGACUCUAUUGAAGGACACUGUGAUAUGAUCCCUGAAGAUGAAAAAACUGAAUCUGAAAAAGAAAAUUCAAAAUGUUUAACUAAUGUUUCUGAAAUGAAAAAUCCAAAUGGCCUUGGAAAAAGUGUUCACAAGUUUGAAGAAUUGACAAAACUUGACUUGCCAAACACAGAGAUUGAGUCGUCAGCUCACAAAGGAACACCCCAAAACAGAGAAGCACUUGAGCAUGGACCUACUGUUACUUUUACAGCAGAGAGUACUUCUGUGAGAGUGGUAGUGGAUAAAGCUUCACAUAAUGGAGUGUCAAGAACUGAAACUGUUGUUAAAAGUAGUAGAACGGAUGAGAUAUUGCAGCAGUCUUUUAAAACUGACAAUCCAACAAGAAAGCCUCCAGCUAUAAAUUCUGUUGAUAAAAUUCCAAAAGGGGACAAGCAAGAACAAAAUGCUUGGAAUCCCAGGAUGUUGAAAGACAUUUGUAUGGCAUUCAUAUUGAAAGUAAAAUUUGCCAGAGAGUUCCAGUGUGCCAUGCCUGCUAAAGCAAAGUUAGAGACAAAAAACAAAUAUGUUGAAAAGAUAUCAAAUCAAAUUGAUGUUUCAACAUCAAAAGAAGAUUCAGUUGAUGAGCAACCAUCAAAAGAAAAAAAUCAUUCUAGAGAAUUAAUAUUGCUGGAUGAAAACACAGAAUCUAAAACAAAAUUGCAAAAUUUGAAAUUAGAUUUCAAUGUUAGAAACACAAAUAAUGAACACGCACCAUGGUCAAUAGGAAAAAUGUUACAAUCUGCUUCUGCACAGGAACAGAGAAAGAAGAUACUACUUUUUGACAUUAACUCUAUCUUCAAAAACAAGCACAAUGCUGUUGACAAACACUUUGAAAAUAUUGAUUACAUAAACACUGAAAACAAAAUUGAAGAUGUUCGUACACAGUCAGAUGAGCUAGAAGAUAUUCCAUCUUUAGUUAAGCCAGAUUCACCUUUAUCAGGUCAUGAAUGGAUUAGUUGUAUGCAGGCAUCAGUCUUGCAUUGCAAACAUUACAAAGAAAAAGAAAAAAUUAUUGCUGUCGAGAUUUUACCAAAUGUCAAUUCAAUUACAUAUUUUGAUCACAGUUCAGUUGAUUUUGAAGCUCAACAGUCAGAAACAAAUAAUUGUACAAAGACAGAUACUGAAAUUGAUAUAUCAAACAGCAGUGCUGAAAUCAAUUCAGAAAAUAAAGAAAAUCAAUAUGGCAACAAAACAAGACCAAGUGAAGAUAAACGAAUUCCUGAUCAUCCUAAGGCAUUCCAGCUUUUGCUUAACUCUUAUGACUCAUCUGAUGGUAAUGAACAUGAUAAUCAAAAAGCAACAAGGAAGCUUAUAUACACAGAGCAGCAUACAAAUGUUUCACUGCAUUCUGAGAUUAUCCAGGAAUUCAAGGAGAGUAGAUGGCUUAAAGAAGACGAAGAACAAGAAAUAGACCUCACUGGUGAAAUUAUAAAAUCUGGUCUUGAAACCUUCUCAAAAGAUUCUAAAUUUACAACAAGUGCACGUAUAAGGGAUCACAUACAAGGAACAAAACAAGAUUGUUAUACUGUCAAACCUAGAACUUAUGUUGAUAAAGAUUGUAGAGAUGAUAAUUCAACACCUACUCCAAAGUCUAAAAGUGUAGACCAAAACAAAAAUCCCGAUGCUACUGACCUCGCAAAAGAAGUGUUUAAUAACGAAACUGAAAUAAUGAAUGUAGUGGAUAAAGUAUAUGAACAUCCAAGUUUCAAAACAAAAACGAAGAAAGAUGCCACUCCAAAUUUACAACUAGUGAAGAAAGCCAAGUCUGAGUGCUUGUCUCAGAAAAAUAUAGCUCUACCAGAUGUUUGUCCUGUCAAAACAACCAAAUCAAAAAGGAAAAUGGAUUUUACUAAUAUCUGGCUAAAGAAAAACUUUGAUGAACAUUAUCAAACUGCUGCUAAUCCAGUAAAAAACAAAGACAAUGAUGCAAAAACAACAAAAAAACUAAGAAGCUUUCCAAUUAUCGAUUUCAAAAGUAUUCAUGUUUUUGAGACUGAUGAUUUAGAGCCCGAGUUGAAUAAAUCGAGCCAACUGGAUACUAAAAAAUCUUCAAGGCAAGAAAGUUUACCUGAAAAAUAUUUUACGCCCAAAAAUAUUGAACACAUAGAAAAGAUACAAUCGUCAAAGGUAAAGAAAUUGCCAAAUUGUGGUAAAUUGAAUGAAAAUGUCUAUUCUGGUCCUCACAUUGGAGCAGGAACCAGAAAGAACAGCUUGCAUCUGUCCAGCAAAAAGAGCAGUCUAAAGCAUUCCAGCAAAAGAAAUUCAAAACUAAGAUCAUCAACUUCAUUUGACUCUUCCUCCUCAUCUUUGCUUUCUUCAUUAUCACACUCAACUGAAAAUUCUAGAAAAAUAUCUAAAACGCCAAAAAAUGGUAGCAAAGGAAGAAGGCAAUCAUCAUUUGGGUCUACUAAUAGCUUCUUAUCCUCAUCAACAGCAUCGUAUUCAUCAUCCAUGAAAGCUGGAAAGAAGUCUAAAAAAAAAUCCAAAUUAAGAUCAAGAUCUUCCUCCUCAACUUCCUCCUACUCUUCAUCAUCAUCUUCGCUAUCCUCUACCACACUAUCAAGCUCUAUUUCAUCAUCAACCACUACUGGAAAAGAUACCAAGACACCAAGAAACAAUAGUAAAGGAAAAAGAAGGCAGUCACCCUUUGGGUCCUCUUCUAGCUUCUCAUCUUCUUCAACAGCAAUUCAGUCUGCAAAGAAGUCCAAGUCAAAAAGACCCAAAAAUGUGGAACACGUUAGAGGCAGAUCAUUAAAACGCAAAUUGGACAGAAGCAGCAGCUGUAGUUCUGUAAACAGCCUUAUGAGAAAAAGUUUGUCAUCACCUGUACAUAAUCCUGAAAGACGAGGUUUAACGAGAGAAUCAAGAUUUGUGAAGAAUACAUGCCACUGGAACAAAUCUAGCAGAUACAAGCGAUUUCAGGAAAUUCGGGAAAGAAGACCUGGCCGUUCAAAGUCCAGCUCUGGCCCCCAUUGCACUAGUCAGUCUGAAAGUGAUGCCAACACACAGAGAAAACGGCACAAGUCAGACAAAGACUUCCCAACAUCAAAUAAUUCCUUUGACUUAAAAAGCCAUGGAUUUUCAAGAAACGCGAGCAGACUUCAGUACCUUAAAGAUGAGUCCUUUGUAAAGGAGGGUGGCAAACGGUUGUACAGGAGUGACUCUGACAGCAGCAUGAUGACUGAUAGCAGCUUUCACUCCUGGCGCAAGAAACAUGGGAUUAAAAUGGCAAGAAUGGACCGAUCACCUAGUAGUACAGAUAAUGGCUGCAGUCGCAACAGAAGGCAUUCCUGUGGCCGAAGUACAAAAAAUUACCGAAAGACUCCAGACAGAUUUUGUUUUCGUAAUUCAAUUGGGUAUAGUAACGUGGUGAUGUCCUCCCCAGAUAAUACGUCCUGUCAUACCGGUUUUGUUCAUCGGAAGAAUAUGAAAAGCGUGUUUAUAUCCACUUUGACACUGGAAACUAUGAGUACAGAUUCUCUUGAAAACUUGCUGAGAGGUCUACUGAUGUUUUCUGAUCCAAACAACACGUGGAGACUUCACAUCAUCUGCCGCCAGGUCAAUCAUCUGAAAAAAUUACAGUUGAAAGGAAAACUGGAAUUGCUGUGCUGUGAAAGGUUCAGUCAAGUUGUCUACCUUGGGCAGGACAAUAUGAACAGAACAUUGGAAGAAGGGAUGAAAGAGAAGUAUCGUUCAAAUGGAAUCCCUGUCAUCAUGAUUCAAGCUACAAAGCCAUUACUCCUGACACCUGGUAUUGUUCAUAGGACCCUGGAACAGUUCAUGGCCUGGGAUUUGAAAUCUGUCUUUAAUUCAUGCACCGCGACAUGAAUUAUGGCUGAGAACAGAAGCAAGCUGUGCUGAUCAUGAUAGGCUAUGAUAUAGAGCAAAACAACAGAUUUUUGCUGAUACCCACUCUCUUGGACAGAAUGGAAAAUUGAACAUCUUUUAAUGAUUAUUUUUACCCCCCCCCCCCC